AUGCCUUACACUAAAAUCGACGUCGACGAGGAAGAGAAGUUCUUCAAGAACCAGGUGGCUGACAUCAACAAGUGGUGGUCGCAGCCUCGUUGGAGAAAGACCAAGAGAAUCUAUAAUGCUGAGGACAUUGCUCACAAAAGAGGUACUCUUAAGAUUGACUACCCAUCUUCUGACCAAGCCAAAAAAUUGUACAAGUUGAUUGAGGAGCACGACAAGAACAAGUCUGUGUCCUUCACUUUCGGAGCCUUGGACCCAGUCCAGGUUUCUCAGAUGGCCAAGUACGUGGACACCAUCUACGUUUCCGGAUGGCAAUGUUCCUCCACGGCUUCCACAUCGAAUGAGCCAUCGCCAGAUUUGGCUGACUACCCAUACGACACUGUUCCAAACAAGGUUGAACACUUGUGGUUCGCUCAGCUUUUCCACGACAGAAAGCAGAGAUCCGAACGUUUGGCUUUGUCUAAGGCCGAAAGAGCAAAGACCCCAUACAUUGACUACUUGAGACCAAUCAUUGCUGAUGCCGACACUGGUCAUGGUGGUUUGACUGCCAUCAUCAAGUUGACCAAGUUGUUCAUUGAGCGUGGUGCUGCCGGUAUUCACAUUGAGGACCAGGCUCCAGGUACCAAGAAGUGUGGACAUAUGGGUGGUAAGGUGUUGGUCCCAGUUCAGGAGCAUAUCAACAGAUUGGUCGCCAUUAGAGGCUCUGCCGACAUCUGUGGUUCUGACUUGUUGGCUGUUGCAAGAACUGACUCUGAGGCUGCCACUUUGAUCACCUCCACCAUUGACCACAGAGACCACUACUUCAUUGCCGGUGCAACCAAUCCUAACUCCCAGGACUUGGCCUCCUUGAUGGCUGAUGCUGAAGCCAGGGGUGUCUACGGUGAGAAGUUGGGUGCCAUUGAGGUUGAAUGGAACAAGACUGCCGGUGUCAAGUUGUUCUCCGAGGCUGUCAUUGACGAGAUCAAGGCUUCCUCUUUGUCCAACAAGGACCAGUUGAUCUCUAAGUUUACUGCCAAGGUUAACCCAUUGUCUGAGACCUCCAACAAGGAGGCUAGAAAGAUUGCCAGAGAGAUUUUGGGUAAGGACAUCUACUUCAACUGGGAUGCUUCCAGAACCAGAGAAGGUUACUACAGAUACCAGGGUGGUACUCAGUGUGCUGUCAUGAGAGGCCGUGCCUACGCCCCAUACGCCGACUUGAUCUGGAUGGAGUCGGCUUUGCCAGACUACGAGCAGGCCAAGGAGUUUGCCGAGGGUGUCAAAUCCAAGUACCCAGAACAAUGGUUGGCUUACAACUUGUCUCCAUCUUUCAACUGGAACUCUGCCAUGAGCUCUUCUGACCAGCAGACUUACAUUGAAAGACUUGGUAAGUUGGGUUACGUGUGGCAGUUCAUCACCUUGGCUGGUUUGCACACCACUGCUUUGGCCGUGGACAACUUUGCCAGAAACUACGCCGAGAUUGGUAUGAAGGCUUACGGAUCUCUUGUCCAGCAGCCUGAGAUUGAGCAGGGUGUCGAGGUUGUGAAGCACCAGAAAUGGUCUGGUGCCGAGUACAUUGACUCCUUGUUGAAGAUGGUUUCUGGAGGUGUGACUUCUACUGCUGCCAUGGGUGCUGGUGUCACCGAGGAGCAGUUCAAGGAGAAGUUGUAA